UGUGACCAUACCGGUACUGUGAACCAAGCGCCUUCAACACAUUAGGCCGAUCGCGACCAAGAGAGAGCAUGGCGGCACUGCGAGACUACCAGGAGGAGGUAGUGAAGACGGCGCGUGUGCAGAACGUCAUCAUGGUCGGAAACACUGGGAUCGGGAAGACGUUUGUAUCGAUCAUGUUGCUUCGCGAGCAAGACUACUCGAUGAAGCGAGCGUUCGUGUUGGCGCCGACACGGCAGCUCGUGUACCAGAUCCACUCCAAGAUUGUCAAGCUCACGUCGCUCAAAGUUGAUGCGUAUUGCGGGCGAGAACUCGACGUGUGGGACCAAAUGAAGUGGGAGCACGAAAUUCUGCUCAACAGCGUGUUCGUGUGCACCCCCGAGAUCCUACGCAACCUCAUCACGAAGGGAUACAUCACCAUGGAUCGGAUCAACCUCCUUAUUUUCGACGAGUGCCAUCACGUGGGGAAGCGACACCCGUACAACCAAAUCAUGAAGCUGUAUAACCCCGCCGACCCGCGCAUGCCUCGGAUCUUUGGCACGACUGCGUGCCCGACAAAGAACUGCAGUGUGAACAUGCACGCUACCGUCAAGAAAGUCACCUUACAUAUCGACGAGCUGGCAAAGUACGCGGCUUGCGCCCCAGUGAUCCACGAAACGUACGACCCCAACGUGGAUUGCCAUCCGUCGACUGUCGUCGACAUCGUGACGCGGCUGCUCUCUCAACUGGGGGUGAUCGAAGUCUUCUCGGCACUGCUGUCGCAGGGAAAGUACCGCCACACAAGUACAGCCGAGAAACGCGGGAAGCGGCUGACCAAGCUCCUGGACGACUGCAAAACGAUAUACCAAAACCUCGGGCCGUGGUGCAUGUAUCGAUUCAUCGAACUCGAAAUCGACAAGCAGGCUCGGUCGUCGUCAGUGCGGUACACGUCCGUAGAUAGCGUCGUGGGGCUCGACCCGCGAGCCGUGGACGUUCUCUUGCGUUGCGCGGACUUGCGCCUCCAGACCCAGAUGGCGUGUACGCCCAAGGUCGACAAGAUUGUGUCGAUAUUACACGACAAAUUGUUUGGCGGCCGCAUCCCGAUGGUCACACCCGACACGUCCGCCGCACUGUCCAUCGGACUCGUCGAAGGCGUGGUGAACAAGCCAAGCGACGACGCAGCUGUGUUGGAAGACGUCGUGUACGUGGAUGCUGCCGACGGAAGCGACGACGACCUGAACAGCGACGACGAUGUGAACAGCGAAGCAGUUGACGUCAAUGACAUGCAAUUUGAGCCACUCGCGCCUCUAGACUGUUUGCAGCAGUCGGAUGCGAGUGCCAAAUUGGAGAAGCAACUCAAGUGCGUCAUUUUCGUCAAUCGGCGGUCCGAGUGCCGGGCGUUAACGGACUUUCUAAAUGCCAAGUUCGUCGCGCCCAAGAGAGCGACUCGUUAUCGAGAUAUUGAGGAGGAGAACGACGACAUGGGCGAUGGUGCCGAUGAUGAGUCGGCGCUGUUUGGGUGUAUGCUUGGCCAAGCUAGCGCGAGUGACGCAGCGUCCUUUGACAUCCCGGACAUGCAUGCCACGCUGAGAGCUUUCGAGUCAGGCAUGGUCCGCGUCCUCGUGUCGACGUCCGUGUCGUGCGAAGGCGUUGACUUUCCUCUUUGUUCCAUGGUCAUUUGCGGCGACCCCCUCACAUGUCCACGCAAGUUUAUCCAGGUUCGCGGCCGGGCGCGCCACACCGACGGCGUGUGCUUUUACCUGACGGACGUGUCGAGCGUGGAAGACGGCAAAAUGUUUGGUGUCCUCAGUCGGCAAGCCGAAGAAAUCAGUUCGUUAAAGUUUCAAUGCGACAAGGCCGUGACCCUCUCGAUGGAGCCUCGAUCUGUGGUGGCAUCCACGUCCAGAAGCGACUACACAAUUGUGGGGUUGGAUGAUGGCCAACUUGUGGCUGCCACUUGUUCGCUGCGGGUGAACAAAACGGGGGCCGUUCUCGACUUGGACUCGAGCAUCCCAGUCCUCAACAUGUUUUGCCAAUCCUUGCCGCAGUACGAAGCAUUGAACCUCAAACCCGAGUUCGAGUUCACUGAAGCCCGCAUGAACAAUGCACCCAUGUUCAAGGUGAAGCUAACACUGCCAGAUUCAGUGGGCAUUGCCCCGAUUGAGACGGGGUAUUUGCGGUCCAAGGCUGCGAGCAAGGCGCUGGCAGCAUUCAGGGCAUGCGAGGUUCUAUAUCAGCAAGGCCGGCUCGACGAAAACCUCAACUCGGUCUACCGGCGGAAAAAGCUGCGCGACGUCGUUCUUGCAAAUGAAAUUCAAUCCUUGCACGACCGCCAAGUGGCCAAAGCGCUGCGUGCCACGAUUCGAAACAUGUAGACGAGAUGAAUGCAAGCGCGUUUGUGGUAGCCAUCAAGUGGAUUUUGAAACAACGUGAAUGAGAAGUAGUGCGGUUCAUUAAUGGAGAUACAUGCCGA